UGUCUCGCUGUCAAUCUUUGCAAAGGGAUCAUUUGGAUUUGGGUCACUGGGAGUUCCUUCCACUCUUGCCCAUUUGCCAAUGGUGCUGUCCCAUCCCACGAUACUAUUCAAAACGCAGCAAGUAGCACCAUGGAGAAUGAUAGAUUCUCGAACUCUGACUCCAGCGCCGAUAGUCACACCAGUUCCAAUGGAGACGUUUGGUCCCAACUGCAUAAAGAAAACAAAGGAAUACAGCCAAUA